AUGGCGCGUGCAGAGGGCAGCAGGGCGCGCACAGGGCAGCAGGGCGCACAGGGCGCAGCAGGGCUGCAGGGCGCGCGGGGCGCGCAGGGCAGCAGCAAGGGCUGUAGCGGCAGCAGCAGGGCAGUAGGGCGCACAGGGCUGCAGGGCAGCAGGACAGCAGGGCGCAUAGGGCGCGCAGGGCUGCAGAUCCCCUCCCCCCACCGCUGCACCCGCAGCAGGGGGGGGGGGGGGGGGCGGGGGGGGCUGGUGCUGCAGAUCCCCUCCCCCCCACUGCACCUCCAAGCUCCCCCCCUUCCCAACACAGGAUCCCCUCCCCCCACUGCUGCACCCGCAGCAAGGGUGGAGGAGAAGGGGGGGGGGGGGGGGGGGGGAGGGCGGGGGGGGGGGGCUGGUGCUGCAGGUCCCCUCCCCCCACUGCUGCAUCCGCAGCAGGGGGAUGGCAGAUCCCUUCCCCCCCACUGCGGCACCCGCAGCAGGGGGAGGGAGAGGAGAAAAGGGCGGAGAGGAGGGGGGGGGGGGGCUGGUGCUGCAGAUCCCCUGUGCAGCAGGGGGGAGGUAGGAGAAGGGGCGGUGCAGGAGCCGCUCGGGCGACAGCAGGUUGGCCACACCCGCCACCCCCAUACCCUCCCCCCCACUGCUGCACCCGCAGCAGAGAGAUGGAGGAGAAGGGGGGGGGGGGGGGGGGGGGGGGGGGCAGGUGCUGCAGGUCCCCUCCCCCCCUCUGCUGCUCCCGCAGCAGGGGGAGGUAGGAGAAAGGUGGGGGACCUGGGGGCCGGGGGCGGAGCUGCGCGUGCGACUGAAGGGCACGCGGGCAGGAGGAACCCCCUCUUGCCACCCCCUCACCCACCAUGGCGCAACAGGGCACCGGGGCCGCGGUUAGGGGCGGCAGGUCGCGAGGGGCCAUGGCUAGGGGCGACGGGGCCAUGGCUAGGGGCGACGGGGCCGGGCGCUGGGCAGGUACGGGGCCAGGCGCUGAGCAGGGACUGGGCCGGGCGCUGGGCAGGUACGUGGCCGGGCGCUGGGCAGGAAUGGGGCCAGGCGCUGGGCAGGGACUGGGCCGGGCGCUGGGCAGGUACGGGGCCAGGCGCUGGGCAGGUACUGGGCCGGUCGCUGGGCAGGUAUGGGGCCGGGCGCUGGGCAGGUACGGGGCCUGGCGCUGGGCAGGUACGGGGCCGGGCGCUGGGCAGGUACGGGGCCGGGCGCUGGGCAGGUACGGGGCCUGGCGCUGGGCAGGUACGGGGCCGGGCGCUGGGCAGGUACGGGGCCGGGCGCUGGGCAGGUACGGGGCCGGGCGCUGGGCGCGGAAUGGGGCCGGGCGCAGGGCUAGGUACGGGGCCGGGCGCGGGCAAGAGACGGGGCCGGGCGCUGGGCGAAGGACGGGGCCAGGCGCGGGCUUGGUACGGGCCGGGCGCGGGCUAG